UGAAAACCAGUCGAAACGCGAUCGUCCAAGCGUGAAUGUCGUUGCGUUUGUGAAUUCGCACUCGUGCGCUUGUAAAUCUUGUCCGAUUUUGCGCGUGCACGUAGAGACACUUGAUAAGUAAACGGGUGGGUGCAACACUUUGCUCAUCGGCGGUUGUAUCAUUGUGGAAGCAACGGUUAAUGUCAGCAGUCAGCAUGGCUUGUAACAGAGCUACCAAGUCCGGAUUUGCCGCGGAAGCCCAGCGAAAAAUCAACAGUAAAUAUAGCGAAGAACUAGCACAAGAAAGUUUAGAAUGGAUAAAAGCUAUCACCGGUGAGAAUAUCAACACGAGUGGUGAUAUGGACAAUUUUUAUGAAACCUUGAGGGACGGAACGCUUCUUUGCAGAUUAGUGAACUGCAUCAAAGAGAAUUCAGUAAAGAAAAUUAACCAAAAUACUAUGGCGUUCAAAUGCAUGGAGAAUAUUAACGCUUUUCUAGAGUCGGCGCGAAAUCUGGGUGUUCCAGCACAGGAAAGCUUCCAAACCGUUGAUCUUUGGGAAAGGCAGAAUCUCAAUUCCGUUGUUAUAUGUUUGCAAUCACUUGGUAGAAAGGCUGGUUUAUACGGUAAACCCAGCAUCGGUCCUAAAGAAGCUGACAAAAAUGUUCGCCAUUUCACAGAAGAGCAAUUAAAGGCUGGUCAGGGUGUCAUUAGUCUACAGUACGGCAGUAAUAAAGGCGCAACUCAAAGUGGCAUCAAUUUCGGCAACACCCGGCACAUGUAAAAAAGCUGUUUAAGAAGCAUCAGCACAUACAUAUUACAUAUUAUUUAUCUGCGCUCACAAAACAAUAUACACACGCGCUAGCAUGCGCAUUUCACUCACAGGGCUUCUUUAUCGUCGAUGAUAUUAUCGUUGUACGUGAGCGAAACUAAUGAUAGGAAGCAAAAUAAAAGGCAACCCUUUGUUAAAUUAUGUGUUGUUUAAGAAGUAUAUGUGAAUGUGUACACAUAGAGAAAUACAUAUACGACAUUAUUUGAUAUUUAAUAUUUUGCUAAUAUGAAAACAAAAUUUUCAUUUAU